AUGACGCGACCUAAGGUCCCACCAGACCAACGACAGCGUACAGCACAGGCGUGCGAAAGUUGCAAGAGAAGAAAACAAAAGGCAAGUCAAGCUCUCAGACUCGUCAACUGCUGCAUCUGCAACGGCUUAUGCCCAUGCAACACGUGUGAUAAGCGCAAAUUCACAUGUAUAUAUGCGGAUCGGGAUCCUAAUUCCCCGAAUGAGGACGGACCACCCACAAAAAGACGCACAAUUGAGAACAGCAACGAGAAUGACAAUCCGUCCCUGAAUGAAAACUCUGGUACGGGCACAUCCAACAAUGAGCAUACGCAGGCAAACCCGCUGUUGUCGCAUAACCGAACGUCUUCCGGUACUCGUCCAAAUCACUUGGCACGCACACUCAGUGUAAAGCAAGAGACACCAUUCAAGUCGCCAGGCCCCAGACCGAGCGUUGAGCACACAGGUGUUCCAAUUGAUCGCCUGUCUAGCAACCUUGAGAAUGCACGCGAAAGACCUAAUUCCACGAAUGUUACUACACCUCACGAUGGUGCGGAUGAUGUGGCGGAGUUCCCAAGUCAGAGCCGAAGUCCUGACGCGCUGAUUAUCGACAAGCUUCGAAGCGAGCACCUCGAUAGAGCCGAAGCGUUCUACCUCAAUGCUAAGAACAUGAAUGAUCCAAUGACUGGGCUGGAAGACCAGGACUUUUGGUCUGUCCAAGCGCUGCUCCUCAUGUCCUAUUACAUGUUGGCCAAGACCAAACGAAACACUGCUUUUGCAUUGCUUGGCAUGGCAGUACGAUCUGCGCUUGCGCUCGGUCUGCACAGAGAAGAGACUAUGGUCAUCUUCAGUCCCGAAGAGCAAACUCAGCGGAAAGAUCUUUGGCGGUCGAUCUUUGUCAUGGAUCGAUUGCUGUCCUGCUCUCUGGGUCGCCCAACCGCUAUAUCGGAGGAUGACUGCUCAGGAGACACCCUGCGGCCGCCAGACUGUGUUCGCGACCAGAACUGGAGCUUCAGUGCAAAGACUGUUUACGAUUUCAACGAGACUGGUCCUCAAGCUUUAGAGGCCACCGUCCGGAGCUGUAGAGUGAUUGGCGUCAUCUUACGGAAGGUUUACCAGCAACGCAAGAUUAGCACACGCCUUGCACAGGAGAUAUCAGACAUAUGCAAGACUUGGCCGCGACUGCUGACACCUAUCUUGCAAUGGCGACAAGCGGCGACUGCUUCGCCCAGUCAAGGCGUGGCUAUCUUGCAUACCAACUUAUUUUACUGUCAUUCCAUCAUCCUCUUGACCCGACCCUUCUUACUAUAUAUACUCAACAAGGAGACUCAAAGACACGUCGAACAGUCUAGUUCAAGAGGACCAAGACCCUUUCAUCGUAUGGAGAGGUUCAGCGAAGCGUGUGUCAUUGCCUCCGUACACACCAUUUUGCUAGUACAAAACGCUUACGAAGCUGGUUACCUAUCCCGGCGCAACCCAGCUGUCAUCUAUUUCCUUUUCGCAGCCACACUCGUGAUCCUCGCGAGCGAUUUUGCCGGUCUUUACCAAAUCGAAUUGACGGACAAUUGCGUGGUUAAUGCUAUAAACGUCAUGAACUACUGUGCUGAGAGCGAUCAACAGGCCAGCCGUCUUGUUUAUAUCCUCAGUACCUUUCGAGACGUCGUCGCCCAACAGCGACUACGUAGGCGACAGGAUCAGACAAGCAAUUCGACGUUGCCCAGCAUUGCAUCACAACUCUACGGGGUGCAGAUGCCGCAGCAACAACGGAACGCCGCCCCCCAGAUGACGGACAUGGUGCAUACGACGAACCCAGUGGAGGCGACACCACGGCUCCAUCAAAUCCCAGUGCACAUCUACCCUGGGAUGCAAACAGCCCCGCUCAACGAACCGAUACUCACGUACCAAGUAUCUGAGCAACAUCAUCAUCUCGACCAAGAUCAACAUCAAACCAACGUCCAGCAUACACCCGCUGCCGCAGGAGAAGAUUUUAGGGUUCAUCUAUCACCAAUCCAGGAACCACCACCAAUGGAUAUGGCCACACCUCCUUUCACAUCUACUUCGAAGCCACCUUCGCUAUCAGCAAUGCUUGAUCUCUCUGCUCUGGAAGCAACACGCGUCCCAAGUUUGAAUUCCGAAGAGAGUGGGCAGGAUGAGCAGAUUGACUUCGAUGCGCUGUGGGCUUGGCCUAGUAAUACGCCUGCAAUGGGAAGUCCAAGGGCUAUGGAGGCAAGUGGA